AUGAAUGACGCCUCGGAUAAUCACGCUCAACCUCUUCUGAAAAGAAAACAGAGCCAGGAUGUGGAUGCUUCAGCAUCAAACGCGUCAUCGGCAGUCGGCGCCGACAGCGGUACCGAAGAUGCGUCCCGCGCCUCCGUCCUUGAUGUGAAUGACUCACGAGCGGCCGACGGCGAACCGCAACAGCCUGUGAAGAAACGAAAAGGGACGGGCAAAAAGUCCAAGGCGUCAGAUACAAAGGCAAAGGCCGCACAGAAGAGGGUGCCUGCCAAGCCAUGGCCCGAGGAGAUCAAGCGCCUCUCGCAGACCCAUCGUGCGCUCAACCUUGUUUAUACUUUUUGCUGCACGCGCAAACACUUUAUCACGACCUUCGAAAACAUCAAGAAUGCGGUUCAGGCACAACUUGGUCAAGGUCGCGAGCUGACGGUCGAGGAUGUGGCUAGAGUCAAGGUCCUGGUUCCGCUGUCUGUGCGGUUCGAGUACGUUGAUGAGGCCCGACUCGAAAUCAUGACAGUCGGGGAUAGAGAAGGCGCCGACUACGGGACUCGGAGCGGUACGGGCAUGCUUUCGGCCUCGGAAAUUGCAAAUUACGCUGGAAAUGACGAUAAUUUUGUGGGGAACGUCCUUCUCUUCGAGUUUGUGGACGGGGACCUGAAGCGAGAGGUCCGAAAUCCAAAGACCGGGGAGCCAUCCAAACCUUUUCGCCGAAUGAGGGACGAGGACCUGAAGAUGCCAGUUUUUAGUCAGAAACAGAUGCUGGGGCUCAUCGAGAAACGAAACACCAAGUUCACUGAUGCAAUCGAUGCCUUCCUUGUCCGAUGUGAAGAUGAAGGACUUGACCCGGUGCAGACAUUGGAAGAAGAGAAGAACGCUUUUAUACCGACGCCUCCUGGGAGUGAGGUGAACACUCCUGCUGUUGUAAAAGCUCCAGCGACGAUUCCGAAAGAGCGCGAAAGCAUUGCGGAAAUCAUCUCUCAGAUUCGCGAGAUGGAGUGGUACCACGCGCAGAUUGUGCCGGAAGGGCAUCGAGUGUUUUAUGCACAGUCGCCCGUCUACGGCGACCUAUCCUUCCAGUUGUCCCAAGAGCUUGUCAAUGCCCUGUACAAUACGAAGAGUAUCACUCAGCUCUACUCCCACCAGGCUGAAGCAAUCAAUCAUUUGUAUCAAGGUCAUCAUGUGAUCGUCUCAACCUCCACAAGCUCAGGAAAGUCUCUCAUUUACCAGAUUCCCAUGCUUCACGAAUUGCAGAAAGACCCUGACAGCCGAGGCAUGUAUAUCUUUCCUACAAAGGCCCUGGCACAAGAUCAGCGACGCAGUAUGACGGACUUGCUACAAUUCAUGGAUGGAUUGCAACAAACAAUGGUGGAAACGUUCGACGGAGACACGCCAAUGGGAAGUCGAAACCUGAUCCGGGAUGAGGCUCGUAUCAUUUUCACCAACCCGGACAUGCUACAUAUCACCAUUCUUCCUCAAGAAAGCGCCUGGCGCACUUUUUUGAAGAACUUGAAAUUUGUUGUAGUGGACGAAUUGCACGUUUACAACGGCCUGUUCGGAUCGCAUGUGGCGUAUAUUAUGCGACGACUCCGACGGAUUUGUGCUGCAGUGGGCAAUCGACACGUUAAAUUUAUAUCCUGUUCUGCCACAGUAGCAAAUCCAGAGCAGCACAUGAAGUCGAUUUUUGGAGUCGAAGAUGUCAAGUUGGUGGACUUUGAUGGCUCUCCGUCUGGUCGAAAAGAGUUCAUCUGCUGGAAUACUCCGUUCAAGGAUCCUGCUGAUCCAAGCUCAGGACGUGGUGAUAGCGUCGCUGAAACUGCGCGACUGGUCUGCCAGUUGAUCCUCCGAGGAGUGAGAGUGAUUGCUUUCUGUCGCGUGAGACGACUUUGUGAGACACUUUUGCAGGCCGUUCGCAACGAGUUCCAGACCUUGGAAAGGCCCGAAGUCGGCAAGAUGGUCAUGGGUUAUCGAGGUGGUUAUAGUCCGCAAGAUCGUCGACGAAUUGAGAAGGAGAUGUUUGAUGGAAAACUGAUGGGCAUAGUGGCUACCAACGCAUUGGAACUGGGUGUCGAUAUAGGCUCUCUCGAUGCAGUGGUCACUCUCGGGUUUCCAUACUCGAUCUCCAACUUGCGGCAGCAAAGUGGCCGGGCGGGUCGACGAAACAAGGAUUCUCUGUCUGUACUGGUCGGUGAUCGAUAUCCAACGGAUCAACACUACAUGCAAAAUCCGGAGGAGAUAUUCACACGGCCAAACUGUGAACUGCAGAUCGACCUAACCAAUGAGCUUAUUCAAGAAGGACAUGUCCAGUGCGCCGCUUUUGAGAUGCCAAUCCGGCCGGACGAGGAUUCCUUCUACUUUGGUGAGCAAUUGUAUGCCCUCGCGGCCACUCGACUCGUCAAGGACAGCAUGGGCUUCUACCAUUGUCAUGACCGAUUCCGGCCUCAACCAUCGCGGUGUGUGAACAUCCGUGACACGGAAGACACACACUUUGCCGUCAUUGACACAACGAACAAUCGCAAUGUCGUUCUUGAGGAGGUCGAAGCCUCGCGCGCGUUCUUUACAAUCUAUGAAGGGGGCAUUUUCCUCCAUCAGGGUCAGACAUACAUCGUCAAAGAACUCAAUGUCGAGCGUCAUCUUGCACGGGUUUUGCGCGUGCACGUCGACUGGAGCACGAUGCAGCGUGACUAUACGGACAUCGACCCCAUCGAGACUGAAGCCAUGCGUCUUGUUGGCAACGGGCCAAAUGCUUGUCGCGCCUUCUUUGGUGCUGUCCAAAUCCAUGCUGUGGUAUAUGGCUUUUUCAAAAUCGACAAGCGAGGUCGCAUUCUCGACGCAGUCGCUGUUGACAAUCCUCCGAUCGAUCUUUUCACAAAGGGAAUGUGGCUCAAUGUCCCCUCACGGGCCAUUGAAAUCCUCGAGUCGCAUAGAUUGAAUGUCGCAGCGGCGAUUCACGCUGCUGAGCAUGGUGUACUCUCGCUACUCCCUUCCUUUGUGGUUUCAUCGCCGGGUGAUGUUCGCACGGAGUGCAAGAUUGCGCAAAAAGAGCUCGGCAAGGGACUCCGCCGCGCGAACGAGUCAGGCAAGUCUCGCGAGGAGCUUGAGAGACAGAUUCAACCUCCUUCGAGGCAGCGACCUGCCCGCCUGACUUUCUACGAUGCCAAGGGCGGCUCGUGCGGAUCCGGGAUCGCGAGCAAAGCGUUCGAAUUCAUUGGACUUUUGCUCAGACGAGCAGUAGCGCGUAUUGAGUCAUGUCCCUGUCUUUCCCCGCAGGGUUGCAUUGAAUGCGUAUGUGACGAGAGGUGUAAGGACAUGAAUACUGUGAUGAGCAAGGCGGGCGCGGGCGUCAUCCUUCGAUGCUUGUUGGGAUGGGAUGUCGAUGUCGAUGCUCUACCCUGGGGCGAAGAUGUCGAGGUUAUCGAUCCAGGUACAGUUGGCGGUCGAGAAUUGGCAGGUGGGUGGGAGACCGUUGUGACGGCCAAGGACGUGCCUUGGAAACAUGGUUGCGGGCCAGAGGAAACACCGGCCUCGCGGGCAUUUGAUGCCUGA